CCGACUGCUAAAAUAUUCUUGGGAAAGAGAGCAAAGAGAACGCUCUGAGGCUUGAGCGGACUGACAAAAACAUAACCCCCAUCGCUCAACGGCACCCCCCAACUUUCGUCCGGCCUCGUUUUCUACGUUCUCGCAGGCUCUCGAAAUAAAGUGACCUCUCCUCUCUCCAAGGCAUUCUUUCGCUCGCUGGACGACGACUCAAUACCACCCACGCCCCAAGCAACCUGAAAAUCUCCCUCAUCUCAUAGGGGCACGGCAAAACGAAAUCUGAUCUAGUACAUACCACCACAAGAUGGCCACCCCGUCCGUAAACCUCCAAAAUGCGUGCGCCAUGGGCUACCUCGCCUCAACAAAGACAACAGACCCGUUAGCAGCAAUGGCCUUCUGCCAAAAGGAGUUCACCGACUUUGGCGUUAACGUCGCUUACACCGUCGGGCCGAAAUUUGGUGGACCUUCCCUCGUCCUGGGAGCUUGUCUGCCGUUUCUAGCCAUUUCGUUCAUCGUCGCCAUAAUACGUCUGUGGAAGCGAAUGAGCCUGAGAGCGGCGUUUUUGAUGCUGGCUGUCGCGGGAAAUGUGUGUUUCAUGACUGCGAUCAUGAUAGCGACCGUCAAGCCGCCUGCAUCCAUUUUCACCGAUAAGCUUGGUGUUCUCGGUCUUUUGACCAUUCUGACAUUCGUGACAAUGGCAGCGAUCAUCCGGUCCUCGAUCCUCAUGAAAGAGAGCCGACGCAAACUCUUUGUCGGAAUCACCUGUGGUGCCCUCGCGAUCUACGGCGGCGGUCUCGUCUACCUUGCCCUCAAGGAAAUCAACGACUCCCCAACAGUGCCUACCCGCUUCAGUGUUCGCUUCGUCGGGUUUUUCUAUAUCCCUUUGAUCGUGUACAUCAUCGCCGGUCUGUUUUGCUUCUCGUGGAACUUGCCCAAGCACUGGGGCGCGACGAACGUCUCGGGAAACAAUGGCGGCAGCUCCCGUGUUGCGGCUAUGAUACGGACCCUCAGGGUUGUCAACGACUUUAUGAUGGGAUUCGUUCUCGUCGUGUGUUUGAGCGAGUUGGCUGUCGUGUUCCCAUUGCGAACCUCCGACUUUGGCAACCCGUCCGCCUGCCUGCACAUGACACUCAUUCUCUUCCUCGAAAACAUGUUCGAAACCGUUUCCAACCUCCUCAAAAACAACCAUGCCUUCAUCACUCGCAUGCAAGAAUCCGUUGUCAAAUCCGGCACCCGCAACGCCAACAACACCAACUCACCCCACAUCGCCAACAACCGGCACAACAGCGAGGCUUACAACAUGGGAUCCCACCAGCACGGCCUGUCCUCGUCUACCGUCCUCUCUGAGAGCUGGGUAGAGGAUCCCGAGGCUCGAGGAUACGAGGCGCCGAUGGAGCGCGAGAUGGCGCAUGCUGGGCAGAUGGCGCAUGGUGGGCAAAUGGCGUAUGCCGGGCAGAACAAGUAUGGAACGCAGAGCUAUGAGGACUGGCAGCAAAGGCGGUAUUAGAUCUUAGAUCCAUGCGGACACGUCCCCCUUUCAUCGGCGUAGUUUUUUUCCCACUCUUCUAUGUAGAGGGCCCUACUUCCCAGUGUGCUAGUGUAGACACCCAGAGAUAUAGGCCCACGCUACCUUUCGUUUACAGCAGAUGUAGGGCGUCA